AUGUGGUUGCUCAACACCGCCAGAGCUGAACUCAAGUUCUUUCCGACCCCCGAGAGCGUGCCUGGCGGGUACGCGGUCCUCUCCCACGUCUGGGAUAAGCAAGAAACGACCUUCCAGGAAAUCCAAACCUUUCGCGCUAGAUCCAGUCCUCGCGACCUCGUUUCUACCAAAAUCCGCAAAUUUUGUAUACUCGCGGAGAAGGACGGUUACGAGUGGGGAUGGGUCGACACCUGUUGUAUCAACAAGGACAGUAGCGCCGAGCUGACCGAAGCCAUCAACUCCAUGUUCCGCUACUACACCCUCGCCGACGUCUGCUACGUUUACCUGUCAGACGUGAUGACGCGCUCUCUCGACGUCCUCGAGAAGUCUUACUCCGAUUUUCGGAGCAGCAGGUGGCAUCGGCGCGGAUGGACACUACAGGAGCUGAUCGCACCCGAGCUUGUUGUCUUCCUAUCUAGAAGCUGGGAACUUCUGGGCACGAAGAUGGACCUAGCUCCGUUGCUGGAGAGCAUCACAAAGGUACCUGUGGACGUGUUACAGCUCAGAGUACGGCCAUCCGACUACUGCGUGGCCGCUCGGAUGGCUUGGGCUGCGAACCGCGAGACGACGCGUCCUGAGGACGAGGCGUACUGCUUGAUGGGGAUAUUUGGUAUAUUCAUGCCUGUCCUCUAUGGGGAAGGGAAGAAUGCCUUCCGCAGGCUACAAGAGGAGAUUAUGCGACAAAUCGACGACGUUUCAAUAUUCGCGUGGGGAGCUGUUGUCGAUGGAGAGCAUCUGGCCGAUAUCAACCUGACAGCGGCUACAACGAAGUUCGAGUCGAUAAUAUCCACCACCAGCAUUUUCGCAGACUCACCUUCAGCAUUCGGGUUUAUCGGGCACAAUAUUGAAUACCCAGAUGACGAUGACGAGGUCCCAUCGCCUAUCACAGACGGGUGGACAUCUUUGUCCAGUUCUGAGACUGUGAGUCAUUCCUAA